GCCCCUCCCCUCCCUUCCUCGCCUGGAUCCCUCAUCUGGAGGAAGUCAAAGCUCGCGUGCUCCCCAGAGGCGCUCCCGGUUCGCUGCGUGUGCCGCUGCGUGUCCUGUGCCCGCCAUGAGGCCCCUGGUGCUGCUGUGGGGCUGCCUCCUGCUCCCAGGUCACGAAGCGCUGACGGGGCCGAAGAAGGUGAGAGGGUUCGAGGGUGGCACCGUGUCCCUGCAGUGCAGCUACUCGGAGAAGCUGCGGGGGAACAAGAAGUACUGGUGCAAGAAGGCCGGCGUCGUCCUCUCCCGCUGCUCCGGCAUCGUCUACGCCCGAGAGGACGGCCAGGAGAGGACAGAGGGCAGGGUGUCCAUCCAAGACCACCCCCAGAGGCUCACGCUCAACGUGACCCUGCGGGAGCUCACCCUGGAGGACUCGGGAGAGUACUGGUGCGGCAUUACCAUCCUGGGCAUUGACGAGGUGCUCCUGGUCUCUCUGCUGGUCCUCCCAGGUCCCUGCUGCUCUCCCGCCCCCACCCCCUCCCUCCAGCCUCUUGCCACAAGCCUCCAGCCCAAGGCCAGAGCUUGGCACACCCAGCCCCCAGCACUGACUUCUUCUCCUGGUGCCCGCCCGGCAGCCACCACGCAGUGGACGACAGAGGCCGAGGCCGAGGCCUCUCCGCUCGCAGGGACGCCCCCGUCCGAGCCCGCGGGAGCCCCUCUAUACACAGGACCCUCUCCGUACGCAGGGACCCCUCCGAGCGAAGAGCACCCCCCUCACAGAGCCACCUCUCCUCACGCAGGGACCACUCAGCCUCCCACAUACCCGGACGCCCCCUCCGCGAGAGACACCACGCCCAGUGAGCCCUACUCCAAGGCCCACAUCCUGGGGCCGGUCCUGGUGCUGCUGAUCCUUCUGCUGGUCACGGGCUUGGCUGUCGUCGGCAGGUAACUGCUCCGCUGCAGGAAGGAAGGAGGUAAACUGGACACGGAGACAGAGAAGAAUGACAAGGUCCACCUCUCCCACGUGAGCCGCCUGGUCCCGGAGUACGCGGUGGUCAACCUCUCGGCCCCCAUCGGGCCCCCAGCCGGCCCCCAGCCCCCCAAUGCCAGCCCCUCCGCGGAGAUCCUGGCGAUGCGGCGCCCAGGCCAGACUCCGGAGGAAGAGGAGGCCUCUUCCCAGGACCCAGCGGGGGAUGCAAACCCAGGGCCUCCCUUUCACGUGUCCGAGGAGGAGCUCAGAUCCUCCGUGUUCAUCCCCGUCUAGCCGCCGAGCGCCCUCCGGGCCGGGCCUGCCGCCCGCCGAGCCCGGAGCGGCUGCAUCUUCGCUCCUCCGCAUCCGCCCGCCGGGCGCCAGGCCUCCGCAGGCUCCUGGCUCCCCUGGACGCCCAGCCCGACCUGGACGCCCGUGUCAGCCUGCCCCGUGGCCUCGCGGUACCAACGAGCCCGGGACCUCCCCCAGCACGUUCACAUCCCCAGGCCCUCGCCAGGGCCAGGCGGGCGCAGAAGACCUGGUCUGGGUGCACCUGCUGCCGGCAACCUCCGGGCCCGGACCCAGCAGCCCGCUCCCCUCCGCCCCCUCCAGGCCCACCGGCUCCUCCCUGCCCUCCAUCCCCAGAGGCAGUGCCACUUUCUCCUGCAGAAGCUGGAGGGGCGGAGGGAGCCUGUGGCUGGACCAGUUCUGACUUCUCCAAGAGCAGCUGGGAACCACUGCGUCCCAGGCCUCAGGAAGCUGCUUAACAAAGUGAUUCCUGGGCUCCAUCACCUCCUUCUAAACCGGCCCUGGCGCUGGGCCCAGGACUCGGGGUGAUUUAAGGUGGGGAACCCCUGGGCCCCCUGAACUCUCUGUCCUUCCAGCUUAGGACUUGCAUUUGGAAUGUGGGGUCUUCCGCCUGCCCCACAGGAAUGCUCUGCCCACCAGGACCCAGCUGGAGGCUGUCCUGGGCCUGCCUGAGGCCAGCCGGGGCCGGUGCACAUGGGGAGGCAGGGAGUCGCCUUUCUGAUCUCCCCACCCAGCCAGGCAUGCACUCCAGGCUUUGGGAGAAGGAUGGAGAAAAGCCUGGCUCCUUCCUUGUUGAGAAAGGGUUCGUUGCCUGUGGGUGCUGGUGAGGGGCGGGGGGAGGGUAGGUGCAGGGGGGGUCCCUGAAAUGGAGAACGAAGGGGUCAGAGCAGGAACCUACGGGAACCUAAGGUGACCCUGAGUCUGGCCCCAGAGCUAUGUUCUUUUUCUUUCUUCUUUUUUUUACAGUGAAAUUGGGGUGGGGGCGUGGUUGAGAGGGGAUAGCCUGCCCGGUGCACAAAACUUGGAGGGAAAAGAAGAAAAUAGAAGAAGAAAAGUCAUUAAUCUUCUCACCACUACCCAGGGACCCUCAUGACUGCAUUUCGUUGUAUUUCCUUCCAGUCUUUUUUUUCUCAGCAUCGUUUGCCGGUGUUCUUUUGCAAAUUAUUUUGCAUGUACAACUUCAUAUCCUGCUUUCCCCCACUUAACUCUUAGAGCAAAUAAGCAUUUCUCCAU